CAGAGCUGCAAGUUCAGUGUCUCGUCGAGAGUGGCCGCGACACUAGGCUCGCGAUCGACAGCACGCGUAUUACGAGGACUGUGCCGCCUGUGAUAUACGAACAGUGAAAAGUUCAUGAACUGGGUGUUGAAAUUUGUUUGAACUGUCACGUGACGCUGACUCCUGAAAAAAUCCUUUUUAGGCCUUCUAUCGCUAUAAAUAGGACAGGCGGCGGCUAGCGGGAGCAGCGAGUAGCCGAGAUCUAGAGAUAACGAAUGCUGCCCCGACUCAUACCUCGCUGCACAAUGCGGAUUUUAAUAAGUUUCAUGGUGGUGGUGUGCGCUGCACAGGCGGCUAAGAAGUUCGAAGGGACCCUAAGAUCGGCGGCGGAAGCCCCACCCCAAGAUAACCUAGCCGUGGAAUCGGGUUCACCAGAACCGGCAGUGGUUGUCGCCCCAGAAGAGUAUACGAAUCCAGGCGCUCCGCCACCUCCAAAACCUGACUCCGAACCUGAAGAACCUGAGGAACCGGCAUCCGCCCCAGAAACAGCAUCAGGUGGUGUUCCACCAUCAGCGCCUAGUGGAAUUUCAGCUCCGUCAGCGCCGGCUAACUCCCUUGAAGAAUGUGAUCCGGAAAAGAUUGGAUUUGAACUCGUUACGGGAUACGUGUUCUCGGCGCCAUCUCACAUUCUAGACGACAUCCCCGGCACACUGAUGCUCACAGAUUGCCUGGAGCAGUGCCAGGCCAACGACACUUGCCGCGCAGUGAACUACGAGACAGGCCUCUGCGUACUAUUUAGCUCCGACGCCGACCAAUUGCCAGGUGCUUUGACUAAAUCUCAAUUCCCAGUGUUUACUAUUUAUGCUCAAAAAUCAUGUUUGGGAGUCAAACCUUGCGAGAGAGCAUGGUGUUUCGAUCGAGUCCGUGGCUAUAACCUCAAAGGAUUCGGCAAGAGGACACAUACUGUUGAAUCAAGACAAAUGUGCCUUGACUUGUGUUUGGGCGAAAACGAAUUCGUAUGCAGAUCGGCGAACUACAAUAACAAAACGGGUGACUGCGUUCUGUCUAACAUGGACCGCCUUACUUUAGCUGGCACCAAUUCUUUUCAACCUAACGAAGAUAUCGACUACUUGGAGAACAACUGUGUAGAAGAGCCUACAAAGCUAUGCGAGUUUAAAAAGAUGAGCGGACGUAUAUUAAAGACAGUCGACUCGGUGUACCAAGACGUGCAAACAGUUGAAGAAUGCCGGGAGUUAUGUCUUAAUUCACCUUUCCGCUGCCAUUCCUACGAUCACGGUGACACGGGUGAUCAUGUGUGUCGUCUUUCUCAUCAUUCCAAAGCUACGCUCGCUGACAUCCAGGACCCUUACUUGGAAGUUCCCGAAGCGGCCACUUUUGAGUUAUCCUCGUGCUACAAUGUAUCGAUUGACUGUCGUGCCGGUGACAUGGUUGCACGUAUUCAAACAUCGAAACUGUUUGACGGCAAAAUAUACGCAAAGGGCAGCCCGAACUCUUGUGUAGUCGAUGUUAAGCAAAGUCUCGAAUUCGAAUUACACAUGGGAUACAAUAAUAUUGAGUGCAAUGUUAAGCAAAACGGACUUGGCAGGUAUUUAAAUGACGUGGUCAUCCAACAUCACGAUACUAUAGUAACGUCUUCUGAUCUUGGACUAGCGGUGACUUGUCAAUACGACUUGACCAAUAAAACGGUAGCAAAUGAAUUUGAUCUUGGAAUUCAUGGCGAUAUUCAGACAGGCAUUUCAGAAGAGGUCAUUGUCGACUCUCCGAACGUAGCCAUGAGAAUUACAGACAGGAGCGGCGACGAUACUAUUGCUUCAGCUGAAGUCGGUGAUCCCCUGGCACUUCGUUUCGAAAUUAUGGACCAGAACUCUCCUUUCGAAAUAUUUGUACGAGAGCUUGUGGCUAUGGAUGGCGUAGACUCCAGCGAAAUUACGCUUAUUGACAGUGAUGGCUGCCCAACCGAUCAUUUCAUCAUGGGACCUUUGUACAAAUCGACUUUAAGUGGAAAGACGUUGCUGUCCCACUUUGAUGCUUUCAAGUUCCCAUCAUCCGAAGUCGUCCAGUUCCGUGCUUUGGUAACGCCUUGCAUGCCCACUUGUGAACCAGUCCAGUGCGACGGAGGACCAAAUGAACUACGAUCAGUAACAUCAUACGGACGCAGAAAGAGGCGUUCUACCUCAUCGGCUCCCACCGACGACAUGCUCUUAGUACAAACUAUCCAAAUCACUGACAAGUUCGGCUUCGACAAGCAGAAAGCUAAGAAUGUAACGGAAGACGCAGUUUUCGUGCGUGAAACAGACGUCACAUGCGUUAACGCAUCAGGAGCCAUGUUGGCGGCGGCUGCGUUUAUUGCGGCUCAACUAGUCGUGCUCGCGGCGUGGACUUGCAGUUGGCAGCGUAGACGCGCAGCGGCCAAAGCUGCGGAGCUUUUGCCCGGACCCAACGCCCCGUCCGCCCUUUGUAAAGUCUACGACGCUAGUUUUACUCGUGCACACCAGAGGCACUUUUGAGUAGAUUUAGUUGUGUCGACGUGGUCAACGUCUGCAAUAGUAGAUUAUUUUCUUAAUUUAAAUACCCCCGUCGUGUCCAAGGCUCGAAAAGAUAUCGUAGUUGCCUCUGAGACACGUUCAUCUUCUUUCGAAGCGUAAGACGACGACAGCGGUUAUUACUGUAAGUGUGAGCGCAACCGCUUCUAAUGCCACGUCAGGCACACGUAGAGCAAUUUGCGCGACACGGAGGCGGGGACGACCUAUAGAGCGUGCGCACAUGUGGAUGGAUGCUAGGAAUAAGGCGUUGUGUGUGUGAUUUUAUGAGUGUUUGUUGCGAUUGGGUACGCUGGCUUGUCGCCAUCUCUGGAGUCACAAGCGGGACCAGGCCGUGAGUCGUUAUCGAGAAUUUGUCGCUUAUUUACUUUACGGUUGGACAAUUUUGCCGACGUUCAAAUACGUAUUGUACCAUAAUUUUAAAGUAGGAUAAGCAUAAUUAACAAUUCCCAGUACCUUUUAAGUAGAAAACUGAACACGCGACCUUUAGUCAAGCAACUGUAGAUUUACGGCCAUUCCGACUUCGUAAUUUAUUGAAAUUAGUUUAGUGUUUUAACGUAAUUUAUGUUCGGUUACGAAUGAACCUAUAUUAUAAAAAAAAAACUUAAUUUAAACAAAUAGAUGCUUACGACUAAAAUGUGCUAUGUUCAUUAAAACUAUUUUAUUAUGGUGUAUAGUGCCUUAUACAAUUAUUAUUAUUAUUAUAUUUAGGAUUGUGAAAUUAAAAAAAUUUAAUCCGUCCAAAUUGCCAAUUACCUGCAAUAAACUUAUUUUAAAUA